AUGCACUGUGAUAUGAAGCCAAGCAAUAUUCUUCUGAAUGAGGACAUGAUUGGUCAUGUAGGCGACUUUGGGUUAGCAAGAUUCUUGCAAGAAGCCAACUAUAACUUCAAUGUAAAGCAAGGAAGCUCAACAGGAGUUAGAGGAACUAUUGGAUACACUGCUCCAGAGUAUGGUAUGGGAAGCGAGGUGACAACAAAGGGAGAUGUGUAUAGUUAUGGCAUUCUCUUGUUAGAAAUGUUCACAGGGAAGAGACCCACUGAUGAUAUGUUGAAAGAUAGUCUGAACCUUCAUAACUUCGUUAAAAUGGCUUUGCCUUAUCCAGUGGUAGAAGUUGCAGAUCCAAUGCUUCUUUGGGAAGUAAGAAGAAAAAACUCUGGAUAUCAGAGUAAAAACCCAGGAGUUCUUGAUUUUGAUUUUGCAAAUUGGAGUUACUUGUUCUGCAGAGCUGCCGAAGGAAAGGAUGAACAUCAGUGA